AUGACAUCUACAGCGGCUCAAAUCCUCAAGAACGCCUCGGCCAAAGUGCUGCGGCUGGGCAUGAUGCCGGCGGACGGCAUUGGGCGGGAAGUGCUUCCGUGUGCGCAACGCGUUUUGCAGAACACCCCAGGAGCGCCCAAGUUCGAAUUCGUCCACCUCGACGCAGGCUUUGAGCACUUCCAGAAGACCGGCAGCGCAUUGCCCGAGGAGACCGUCAAGGCACUCAAGAACGAUUGCCACGGCGCCAUGUUCGGUUCCGUCUCGAGCCCCAGCCACAAGGUCGACGGCUAUAGCUCGCCCAUCGUCAAGCUCAGGAAGGAGCUGGAUUUGUAUGCCAACAUCCGACCCGUGGUUGGCGUGAGGGGUACCAAGGACGAUGAGAAGUUUGUUGAUAGUGUUAUCAUUCGGGAGAACACGGAGUGCUUGUACAUCAAAUCCGAGACCUCCGAGUCGGGCCCCGAUGGCCAAGUCGCUCGCGCGAUCCGCCAAAUCACCGAGAAAGCCUCGACCCGAAUCGGCAAGAAAGCCUUCGAAGUCGCUCUCGCUCGUCAGGAGCUUCGCCGCACCACCCAGCCCAACUACACCCCCACCGUCACGAUCUGCCACAAGUCGAACGUGCUCAGCGUCACCGACGGGCUCUUCCGCACCUCCGUCCGCGGGGUGUACGAGAAGGACGCCAAGGACAACGGCGGCGCAGGCAGGUACGAGGGGAUCAAGCUCAACGAGCAGCUGGUCGACUCGAUGGUCUACCGUCUCUUCCGCGAGCCCGAGGUGUUUGAUGUCGUCGUGGCACCCAAUCUGUACGGCGAUAUCGUAAGCGAUGCCGCUGCUGCGCUGGUUGGCAGUCUGGGCUUGGUUCCGAGUGUCAAUGCCGGAGACAACUUUUUCAUGGGUGAGCCGGUGCACGGUUCCGCACCGGACAUUGCAGGCCAGGGCAAGGCCAACCCCAUCGCCUCGAUCCGCUCCGCCGCGCUCAUGCUCGAGUACAUGGGCUACACCGACCCGGCACUCAAGAUCUACACCGCCGUCGACGCCGUCAUUCGCGAGGGCAAGUACUUGACUCCCGACCUCGGCGGCUCGGCUACCACUACGGAGUGCGAGGAGGCCAUUCUGAAGAAGAUCACCGCCUAA